AUGACCAAUAAGAAUAAUGAAAAUAUACCAUCGACAAAAAAUAUUAACAAAACAUCAGCAUCAUUAUCAUCUAAAUCAAAACAUAUUGAUUCGUCUCAAUCAAAACCUAUUGAUUCACCUCAAUCAAAAGCCUAUGAAUCAGAUUUUGAUGAUGAUAAAGAACAUGAAAAUGUUGUUACAAAUAUAGAUAAUAAUAAAAAGUAUAUUUCACCAUUACCACAAAAACAACAUUCACCUGAAACUACUCAUCAUAUGAAUAAUUCAAAAUUAAAAUCUUCAUAUAGAAUAACUAAUCAUAAUAUACGACGUAAAGAAAAAUUGUUACCUUAUAUUCGUCCACCAAAAAAUCGAAAAAAUAUAAUAAAACGUCCUCCAAAAAACAACAAAAAUGAAAUUGAAAUACGUUUAUUAUCAGCUCACAAUAAUAAACUUAAACAACUUCAAUCUUGUAUAGCUGAAUUAAGUCGACAAUUAGAAGAAGAACGUAUUGAAAAUAGAACAUUACUUUUCAUACAAAAACGUGAAGAAAAAGAUUUAAAAAAAUAUACAGGUCAACUAGAAGAUAUUCGUCUAGUUGCUCGAGAUUAUACACAAGAAAUUGAAGAAAUAAAAGAAAAUAUAAAUAAUGAAAGAGAAAUAACAUUUAAACUUGAACAAGAAAUUGAACGUCGAGAUCGUAUAUUACACGAUCAAACAACACGUAUGAGAUUUUUUAAAAAAUUACUUCAAGAAACAAAUCUUGAGGAAACUGAUGAAUUACGUGAACGAUUAAAUGAAGCUAAUAAUAAAUUAAAACAAUAUCAAGAAAAAGUGUCCAAUAAAGAAAAACAAAUUGAAAAACUUGAAAAAAAUUAUCGUCAUGAAAUUAAUCAUGAAUUAUUAAAACAACGUGAUCUUAAAUAUGAAAUUGAAAAUCAUUCAAAAAAAUAUACAGAUUUAUUAUUAAAAUGUGAAGAUAAAACACGACAAAUCGAUACAAUGCAUAUUUAUAUUCAACGUGGUGGACAACGACCAUCACAUUCAUCAUCUAGAUUAACAAAAUCUUAUUCACUUCAAUCACUUCAAGAUUCAUCACCACGUUUUAGAGAAAAAAUUUUUGAAUAUGAUAAAAAACGUCGUGAAGAACAAAAACUUAAACAAAAACUUAAACCAUUAGUAUUACCUAAUAAUAAUUUACCACCAAAACGUGAACAAAAAAAAUACGUACUUAAAUUAGAACAAAAAUCACAAACAAAAAAACCUUCAUCUACACUAUCACAUAUAAAGCAUGACAAAAAAUCACCAACAAUUGAAAAUGGUAGUAUUUUCUCUAAAUAUUUAUCGAACUAA